CUGUCAACUUCACACUGCUGCGAUUGUCUUUUAUUCGACAGAAUUGUGUUUCACUGCACAUGUUCAUCGAUUUCUGAGGAAUUUAGGGAAAGUAUAUUAAAUUCCUCAAUAAAAUGGGUGCUAUAGCGAGCAGAUAUCGCGUGUCCAAUUCUGGACUAACACCCACGGACAUUAAUAAUUUAAUUCAUUUAGAGAAUGCAGACAAACGUGAAAACCCAGGGACAUUGGAUGAGUUGCACAAAAAAACCAAAGAUGUAAUGCCAGUAAAUUUUGAAGGUGGUAAAUUAAUGGUCAACAAGGGCAUAUCUAACCACUUCCAGAUGUCACACACAUUAACAAUGAGCACAGCUCAGAACGGCUACAAGUUGGGCGCCACAUACAUCGGCACAAAACAGCUGUCACCAACAGAAGCAUUCCCAGUGCUACUCGGAGAUGUGGACCCCUCGGGAAACGUCAACUUUAACCUUAUUCAUCAGCUCACACAGGAGAUCAGGGUCAAAGGAGCUGCUCAGGUUCAAGAAUGCAAGCUGACAGCCACACAAGGCACACUAGAAUACAAAGGGUCCGACUACACGCUCGCCAUGGCAGUCGGCAAGCCUGACUUCAGUGAAAGCUCCUCGGUCUUCGUUGGACACUACCUCCAGUCGGUGACGAAGCGACUAGCGCUGGGCGCGGAGCUGGUGUACCAGUCGGGCGCGCGCGUGGCGGGCGGGGAGGUGGCCAUCGCGUCCGGCGCCGCCCGGUACACCAUGGACGAUUCGGAAGUGUCAGCGACGCUGGGAGCUGCUGGUUUCCAUUUAUGCUACUUCAAGCAGGCCAGUGAACAACUUCAGGUGGUAGCGGAGAUGGACACGUCGUUCCGAGGAAUGGAGUCUGUCGGCACCAUUGGAUACCAGGUCACCAUCCCCAAGGCGGAGCUCGUCUUCAGAGGAAUGGUAGACUCAAACUGGAACAUCGGAGCGGUCCUGGAGAAGAAGCUGCAGCCCCUGCCCUUCACGUUCGCCCUCUCCGGGAUGGCCAACCAGGCCAAGCAGCAGUUCAAGUUUGGCUGCGGACUCAUCAUCGGUUAGACACCCCAAAGAUGCUCACACACUGUUGAUACUUCUUACACAUGUGUACUUGUUAUUCACAUUGGCUAUGUGCAUAAGCGUUGAUAACGCACUGUAAAACUUUUUUUUUUUUAUACCACGUCGGUGGCAAUCAAGCAUACGGCCCGGUAAGCAGUUACCGUAGCCUAUGGACGCCUGCAACACCGGAGAUAUUACACGCGCGUUGCCGACCCUUUAAAAACCUGUACACUCCUUGAUUGACCCAAAUUACUGAAAGCUUCCACAAUUGGGUCAAAAUUCUUUUCGUUGUCUUGUUUUUUUGUCCCGAAAAGAUCUGACCGAGUGGAGCUUUUUGUAUGGGGUGAAAUUCAGUUUUGAAUUUUUCUCAAGAUAAUUAUAAUCUACAGCUAGAAAUACAUACAAUAGCACUCAACUCUUUUUAUUUAUUUUAUAAAAGACAAAAAUAACAGCGUGACAGAGUGGUCAAAAGAAACAACACAACGGAAAUAAUUUUGACCCAAUUGCGGAAUUUCUACAAAGAAAAUUUUCAGGAACAAAUCAUGCUUUUUUAUGGAGAUUGAAACUUUCCGUUUCCGAAAUAUACAUAUCCAUGAAAUCUUCCCGAAAUUUCUGAGAACCUUUUGCAACUAGGAAUUUCUGGGUAUCAAAAGUUUCUCGUCUCUCGUGACAAAUUGCAGGGACUUAAAAACCGCAAAAGACCGGUAACCUAAAAUCCGCAACCAACCAACAUGGCCUAUAGCCAUCACAGUUAGACACAUAGCUACAAUUAGCUAUCAUUGUUUUCUAAACAAGAUAGAAAAACUAUGGAUGGUAUAGAAAGGAUGCCAAUCUCUUAUGGCAGAAUUGUUGCAAAAGUGACCGCUUCCAGCUUUAAAUAAUAGUUCCUAAUCUCUCCGGUGGCGCUAGUUAGGCUCUGCGACACGAGUAUAACAUGAACCAACAAAUAACCCGACCAAUUUACGUAGGUUGUUUUUGGUAGUAUUUCGGUGUAUGGUGGCGCCGCCUAAUUACUGUUUUUUGAUGGACACUUUUCAUACAUAGAGAUUUGGCUCCUUUAUAUAGUCUCCAUGAGAAAAACAUUAAUAUGACAGUGACAGACAGUGAGACAGUGGUGUGGGUUGUAUACUAGUACUAUAAAAAACAGCAAUGUUGUCCAGACAUAUUGAAUACACAAAAUAUUUUCUCACAAGUAAAAUGUUAAACCGGACAUACUUACAUAUGUGUAUUGCUAUAUUCCUGUAGGGUAGGGUAGGAAACAGUGGCUCGGAAAAAAAUAGCCGGGUACAGUGGCUCACUCAACCUAAUUCCAACAUGAUGAGGCGAUAUUGGGGCAACUGAGCCACUGUUUCCUACCCUACCCUACACGUUACUAUCCAAACUGACAAGUUCAGACAAAGAACAGUAUAUUAUAAAAUGAUUUCGAAUCAUUAAUUUUAAUUCAUUAUUAUUACGGACAUUGAAUGUAUGCGUGAAUUUUCCUUUCCGCCAUCUUGUAUGUAUCGUAUGCAUGUAUGUGUGUUUUGUUACAUUCAUACCUUAAAUCCAGUUGCAUUUAAAAGGGAUCUUUGGUAAUGGGUGACAGCUCAAAGAAUUAAGAAAGAAAAGAUCUGUAUUUGUGGCUUUCCAUCAGAAAAGGGUAUUUAUGCUACAUAUUAAUAGGGAUCUUUCCAUCAGGGUUAAUAAGGACCCUUUAAUGGAAAGUCACAUUUGUAGUUAUGUCCUCAACUAUACGAGGGUCACUUUUCAAGAUUUCUAGUCGGACCAAGCUAACUCUGCAUGGCAUUUGCAAUGACAAGGUGUGGCAAUAUCAAAUUUCUAUGACAUGACGUUUCGUUCUGUUCAAAUCGGUGCAAAGUUAACUUGGACGGACUAUAAACACGUCGCUAUAAAACGCGUGUUACACUGUCCGAUAUUUAGAAUUCCUACGUCGGAUUGGAUGGUCUAAUACGUCGUUAAUUAAGAUAUUUAUCAUUAUAAUAAACUUGUGUUACAUGAAUUAAAAAUUCAGAAAAUAAUUAGUAUAAUUGCAAUUUCGUUUGAUGGCGAACCAAAAAUAUGUAAACUCAAAUUUCAUCACAAAAUGCCUGAACAACGUGUAUAUUUGAAACUGUCACUUGUUGCAACAUUGUCCGUUUUUGCUUACUUUAUCAGACCAUGCUUAUAAGAUAGUGGGGAUCCGUUUAACCUUUUGGACGCCAAUGACCUAUAUAUACGCACCGUAGGUUCAACGCCAAAGACCGAUUAAUCGGUCAUAGACCAAAAGCAACAUAGACCUACAUGCAUAUGCAUAAAGUUCAAUUUCAGUUUUGACACUUCGGUGACGUGGCGUCUGGAUGAAAGCUUUUGUGUUUGACACGGUGUCGAAAAGGUUAAGGGCAUAUUCGAUAAACGAGAACACGACUAGGAAAAAGUAGAAGAAAAAUUAUUUUGACGCGAAAUUUUUUUUUUUAUAUGGCAAGUCGCACAAUGGGCAAAAAUGUUUCGCUUCAAAAAAAAUCUUCUUUUUUUUCCUAAUCAGAACAUGAUACUACAGAAUAAGUAAUAGUACUGCCGUACAGAAAGGAAACUUCCUACAAAACCGAAGUUUGACAGCGGUUCAAGGACGAAUCAUGCUGUCCCUUUCUUAUGUAUGGUACUAUCCCUUUCGGCUAUAUAGGGUUGUCAGAAUGCAGGGUCUUAUCUAUGGUCGUACACCCAAAGGGACGUCAAGUUGUGUCAACCCGAAUAAUUGCUCGGAGCAAUGCUGAGCCGAAAAAGCCCGAACGCUCUAGUUUCCUACCCCUGACGUAACCGAAUAUGCCCUUAAACAGAUACCCAUUAUUUUUGUUCCAUCCUGUAUAAUGCUAAAAAUACUUCUAGAAACAUGACUGGGUAUUUUGUCAUGUUUUCUCUUAUUCUGGAUAAAGUCUACUUUAGAUUGUUCUAUUAAUAUUAAAUUAUCGUGAGACAUAUUUCCAAAUAUUUAGAUCAGUACGGUUUCACUCACUAUUAUUUUUAGUCGCUUUUGGCGACGUGUUUCGGAUUCUUCGGGAAUCCUUCC